CGGAACGUGCACGCAUGCGCAAUAAUGCACAAGGCUGACUUGCGCCACAAAAUGUGAUCGAUCGAACGUCGGAUUGUAAUACAUUUGUCAUGCAUUUUACAAAAUUUCAACUAUACUGAUGAUAUUUUAGAUGCAAGCUCGGCGUUAUUCUUCUUAGAUACUGGGACCAGCAGCAAAAUCUGAACGCACAGCUCGCAGGAAGCAUAACGUUUGCAGAGUGUGUCUAGGAAAGGCGAGAUGUCGUCGAACCGACAAGCUGCCACAAGGCGGCGAAAACGGCCGCAACCGCCCAUAUACAACGGUGUUUACAACUCGUACGAAGAUAAGAACAACGAUUUUGUCUGUCCAAUUUGUUUUGAAAUGAUAGAAGAGGCGCAUAUGACAAAAUGUGGUCAUACCUUCUGCUUUAAGUGUAUCACAAGGAGUCUAGAAGAAAGUAACAGAUGCCCAAAAUGCAACUUUGUUAUCGAAAAAACAGAUCAGAUAUUUCCAAAUUUUCUAUAUCUUAUUCACGGACAAGUCAAGGGGCUGAAGACGAUCUGUGCAGCAUGCUGGCACAAAUACUACAGAGAUGAUGUGAUCGUUCAACUUCUUCAACAGUUCUUGGCCGUGAUGUGCUUUAAAAACAUCGAUAUGGCGACUGCCUGCUGGGUCACUGGAAGUUGA